UCAUUAGAGUAGUCUGAUAAAGAGUUAAUUAAAAGAAAGUGACUGUUAAUCUAACGUUCAAAAGGAGCUAGAUGCUAGUCCAAUACUGGAAAAGUUAAUAGAUAUCUUUUUUUUAAGGCAUAAGUGGAGAAAAGCGACGUCCCGAUAUAUCUGAUUGCGUUGUUGUCUAAUGAUGAUGUGACGAUAUUCUGCUGUACCAAUAUACUCGUGAAUCCAGGAUUGGUGCCUUGACCAGAUAUGUUUCCCGAAUUAAUUUAGUUUGUAUCUAUCUUAGGCUAGCAUGAGUUUCUGUAGAUCGACAGAUAUUGCACCAUACAACGUAACUUCUCAGGUAGACAAGAUAUCGCAGUCAAUAUUAAUUACUAAAUAUGAAUUGCCGGGCACCUACCAUGAUGUUUCAAAUGCGAGUUCCCUUGAGUUUCCACGUAGCUCAUACGUAAAUCACCAUGACAUGUCAAAUCUUGAAUCGUGUCAAGUAGCAUUAAUAAUAUAAUUAGUUUACAAAAAAACGUUAAUAAUAUAAUGUAUAUUCCAAGGGCAUUGUAGACAUUUCCAAUUCAGAUCAUACACUCUAUAUAAGGGCUACAACACCUCAACAGAUUUACACAACUCUUAUUAAUCUCUCAGUUCCUCUUUCUGACAGCUGAAAAUGACAGAAGUUCCCUCGUACAUGAUCCAGAACCCUAAAUUCGAACCUUACAAGCCCAAAAAACGAUAUUCUUAUUCUUCUUCUUCGUUGCUCUCCAUCAUCCUAUCGAUCUUCACUUACGUCUUGAUCUUUUACGUUUUCGAAGUAUCUCCAUCGUCUAUCUUCAAAGACACAAAGGUUUUGUUCUUCAUCUCCAACACUCUCAUCCUCAUCAUUGCCGCUGAUUACGGCGUUUUCACUUGUAAGGAGAGGCCCGACUUCUACGGUGAAUACACCAUGGCGGCGAUGAGAAGCCGUGCAGAUCAUAACUAUUCUCCAGUUCCUAACUUCACAUACGGAGAAAACGCUAGACAUGAUGAAAACUCUGGCGGCAGAGAAAAAAUUAAGAGCCCUAAAGAUGUCGUGGGCUAUAAGGAAGAAGAACCGAUGGUAAAAGAGAUAGUCAGUGUUUCUUCGCCUCCUGAGAAAAUAAUACGCGAGGUGAGUGAGGAGAAGCCGAGAGACGUUGUGGCUAUCAAGAAAUACAAACCGUUUAGUGAGCAUACAGUUGAAGCUUGCCACACAAGGAACCAUGUGUACCGUAGAUCUUACGAACGAACUAAAUCAGACAAAGCACGACGGGUGAAGACAGCCAAAAGUAAAAACUAUCGUCGAAGCGAAUCGGAUAGCUCGAAAUGGAUGGUUGUUCCAGAGAAAUGGGAGAACGUUGAAGAAGAAUCUGAAGAGUUCUCAAAGAUGUCGAACGAGGAGUUGAACCGAAGAGUCGAAGAAUUCAUACAAAGGUUCAAUAAACAGAUGAGAUUACAGUCACGAGUAUCGUCUACAUGAUAGCAUAUAAAGUUAGUAAGAACUCUUGUUUUAUUUUGUUGUUAGGAGUUCUUUUUUUUUUUUGGUUAAUACUUCGUGAUCGGAUGACGUUUUUGGCAGUCGUCAGUGUAUAAACUAAUAUAAGACAUGAAAGCAUAAUAGUUACUGAUACAAACUACAUGUAACUAUAAUAGCUUAUUCUCUAUGAAACAUUGUAAUAUCGGUUAAACUAUGUUACACGUGUCUAUAUUUAUAGGAAGAAUUAUAUUAAUUUA